CUCAGCUGACUAAGCUAGGGUUGUCAAAUAGCCCAAAAAAUUCAAAUUCAUUCUUUCUUGUUUCGGACUUUCUCAUUCCUUAGAGCUUACCGAAGAUGUUUUCGCGGUAUUUUAAACCAUUCUUCAGAAGUCAUCGUCAGAGCUGGCGAGUUUUCAGCUUCCACGUCCGGAGAUUCAUUGCUGAAUCUAGUUUCAGCGACAGGUGUUCCCUCACAGCGGUGGCUACCCUGCUGCCGCUGGUCAUCAUCCGCUCUGCUUACUGCAAGAAAGAUGUCCAGGAGCCGAAGAGGCCGUGCCGCAAGCGAACGAUGAGCAAGGUCAUGUAUGAAACGAGCCUGCAGGGCAAGGCACAGCGCUAUCUCAACGCCUUGAAGGAGAGUUGGGACCAGUUGCAUCGGACUCCCGGCAUGUUUGCAUAUCAGCUAAAAAAGACGCCACACAGACGAAAGAUACCAGGCUCCCAUGGCUUCUACACUGAGCUCAAUGCAGAUCGGUCUUUAAAACGCCGCGGCCCACAGACCAUCGAGAGUUUAAACCCUGCCUUUAAACCCACGAAUUUUAACUUCAACAAAAUCAAUGCUGCGGAGGUGCUUAUGACCAUCAACGACUGCCACGGCAGUCCGGAAGUUCAGAUGAUCAUUAACAAGAGCCCGCUUACCCAGUACCACACUCUGAUCUGUCCCGAAGUGAACAAGAACCAUGUUCAGCGUAUAACUCGUGAUGUCCUGGCCUUCUGCAUCACUUUCAUGCGCAGCAUAGAUGACAAGAACAUACGCAUGGGCUACAACAGUCCAGGAGCCUUGGCUUCUGUCAAUCACCUCCACUUCCAUCUACUGCUAUUCGCCCAGGAUCUGUAUAUUGAUAAAGUCCCAUUGGAAAAGCUAGCCGGAGAUUCUAUUUAUCGCUUGAGCCGGCGAGCGCCCACAGAAGCGAUAUGUGUGGUAUUCCAAGGAAAGGACACCGAAGAUGACGUGGCAGAGAAGGUUGAUCAGAUUUAUAAGCUGGCCAUGUGGAUGUGCAAAAACAAUAUGCCACAUAAUUUGUUCAUCACACAGGAUAGAAGUUCGAAAGGGUACGGAGACGUGAAGGUCUUCAUUUUCGCUCGUUCCAAAUACUGCGUAAGCAAGGAUUUGGCAGAAUUCAACGUGGGAUUUUGCGAGUUGGCUGGAUUCAUUCCGCUUCCAGUUGCGGAUAAAAUGGAAAACCUUACGGAGCAACAGGUGCUUCAAAGGAUCCGCUGUGUCACUGGUUCAGCUCCAAAGGCUAUGUAUGAGGAAAUGACGAAUAUUGUCGAAGGAAGGACAAAGGAAUACCCCUGGGAACAGAUUUUGGCAAUAUAAAACCUAGUAAAAAAUAAACAUCGAGAGGCUUUCGUUUAGGAACUUAA